AUGCAACAAACUAAGCGCCAUGAAUUUCUGAAAUAUAUUUACCAAUUUAUUGUUUAUUAUUCUCUAAUUGCUUUUAGUUUUGCUAUAUUUGCAACUACUGAAUUUUAUUCUACUCCAAGAUAUCAAGAUAAAAAAUUCCAAUUAACAAAUAAACAUAUUUCUAAAAGUUAUGUCUCUAAUGAAGUCAUUUCAGGGAAACAAUUACUGGUUUUAUGUACAAUUCCAGGGCUUCUUAUAAUUGUUUUGCAAUGCUUUUUCGGUAAUCUAUCAAAUCAAUUGAAAUUUACAAAAGGUGAAAAUUUAAAACCAUAUUUCAUUAGUAAGAAAUUACAUUUCUUACAUUUGAGUUUAAUAGCGUUUGUACUCAUCUUAAACCUUAAUGGGGCCGUUACAAAUGUCUUAAAAUUGGUUAUUGGGAAUCUACGACCAGAUUUCAUUGCUCGUUGUAUGCCAGAUCCCAACUUAACAACAGAUUUGAAUGUUUGGUAUAAUUUACAAGUCUGUACACAGCCAAAUAAAGCCAUCUUAUUUGAAGGGUUAAAGAGUACACCAAGUGGUCAUUCAAGUUUUGUCACUUGUUCCUUGGGGUUCCUUUAUUUUUGGCAAAAAAAAUUCAUCAAUGGCCCAAAUUGGCGUAAUUUAUGGUGUAUUAUAAUACCAAUCAUCGUCAUGGUUUCAAGAUUAACAGAUCACAGACAUCACUGGUAUGAUGUCUUGUUUGGUUCUUCUAUAGGUGGAUUAGUCAUAUAUAUCUGUUGGUCGCGUCUAUUGAAACCAAUUGAUCCAUAUGAAGCAGAAAAUCAAGAAAUGGAAACAAUGGUUUAA